AUGGCCCCGCUCUGCCUCGUCGGCGUCCUUGCCGUUGCGCUCAUGGCUGCGACUGUUACCGCAGACGAUUCCAACCAAGGCAUCAGGGUCUGGGCCGCGGCUGCUUACAUCACUCAUGGCGAGAGGACCCCCCCGAUGGGCGGCCUACAGACCAUUCUGACCCCAGAGGGCGCUCAGCAGAUGUGGAGGCAGGGCAGCGCGUUCCGCAGUCGCUAUUUGACUGGCGGUGCAAACGGCAGCCAAAGCGCCGUUCAGGGCAUGGCCAGAGAUGCCAUCGACAACGCACAGCUCAGCGUCCUGUCGCAGGCCGACGAGUGGGUCGCCGCCGGUGCCAUGGCCUUUAUGCAAGGCCUCUACCCGCCCAAGACGGACGUCUAUGUCGGCGCUGCGGGCGGCCAGGUCUUGGGCCAUGACUACGCCGACGGAAGAAACACGACAGAUUAUCCGUUGGAGGGCUACCAAUACCCCUGGAUUCUGACCGUGCCCCCUCAGGAGAGCUCAUCUAUCGGGCUUCAGGGAGACGUCGGCUGCCCCGCGUGGCAGAGCGAGAUGGAGACGAACCUGAGAAACAGUCGAGAUACGCAGGAUCAGGUUGAUCAGUACAGAAGUUUAUACCAGACGCUGUUCUCGAGCGCUCCGCUUCAGGGAGUAAUACCCCUGGUGCAAGCCAGCUAUGAGAAUGCGGCCGAGAUAUACGAACUGGUCAAGUACAUGUACACCCACAACGAAACAGUCUUCAACGGUCUCGACAACGCCCAGGACACCCUGAACACGCUCCAGGCCCUUGCCUUUGCCUCGGAACGUGCCAAGACCAGUCACAACAGCACGAACCCUGACGAUUCCCUCCAUGUGCUCUACAGCAUCGCCGGCCGAACCCUCGCCAGCCAGGUUGCCAACGAUCUUGUCAGAAUGCUCGCCGCCGACGGAGGGGGAGGGAAAAUGACUCUUCUGUUUGGCUCCGCGAGACCGCUCCUUUCUUUCUUCUCGGUGGGUGGCCUGCUCACGCGGCAAAACCUCGUGUCGGGACCAUUUUCUCGCUUGCCGGAGCCUGGCGCCGCCAUGAUAUUCGAAGUCAUCUCGGAUAGUCAAUCAAGCACCUCGGGGAGUUCCCCGGCUAUGGGCGACUUGAAGGUCCGCUUCUACUACAGGGCCACGGCCAACGCAAACGAGACUUUUGCGACCUACCCGCUGUUUGGAUCCGGGUUCGACGGCGCAAUCAUUCCUUACGCGUCGUUUGUUCGGAGAAUGAGAGACCGGGGCUCUACGCCCUCGGGGUGGUGCGAUAUCUGCAGCCCUCGCAACACCGUGUACUGGUGCGUCAGUCCGUCUUGCGCGAAACCGAGCAUCAGCCCCGUAGUCGGGGGCAUCAUUGGCGCCGUUCUCACCGCGGCCCUCGCUGGCAUCAUCACCCUUGUGUACCAUGUCCUUCAGAAACGCCGCACCAGCAAAGCACCUCGCGACGGGUCCGCGGGCGGCUUCAGGGGAGCACAGAGACGGCCCGCCGAUGCUGAUGUUGCCCUGUCCAAGGGCGGGGUGCGCGAGGAGAGGAUCGGGAGCUGGGAGAUGCGCGCUAGAGAUAAAAACGAGGAACCGACUUCGGAUAUUGCUCGGGCCGUGACCAAAGAUUGCGACACGACGUGGAGGGAAAGAGAUGAUGGGGAUGGCAUCAGUAUUACCGGACCGCCGGUGAAGCCGAGGGAGAGUGUAUGA